AUGAACGCAGUGCUGAGUGCGAGUCGCCACAAAGUAGGUGUUUGCGAACGUCGAGCGCAGUGUGUAGUGUGUGUCGACUGUCGAGUGCGGCUGUGCGCACUGAACUCAGUUUUCGCGCGGUAAACUGCGCGAGUGGACGUACGGUCAUGCGAGAGUCGGCUAGCAGGAUGGCCGAACUCGAAUUCGAGGCGCCGCUUGCCCAAAUCGAAGAUGCUGACGAUUGUCUUUCCACUGCGGACUUCCCGCAGAAAACUAUCAACGGCAAUGACAUACGAUUCAACAACAUCAACAACCUAAAAAGUGAAAUAGUCAAAAUGAAAACUGACUCCAACAAAAUAAACGAUAAUGACGAACCGAAACCGGUGAAGUGUAAACAGGAUAAUAUGCAAAAUGGUGAGGGGGAUAAUUUUACGGAGACUUUCUCCGGCUCGCUGGAGGAUCUGGUGAACACAUUCGACGAGAAGAUCACUAAGUGCUUCGGCAACUACGAAGAAAGCGUUGAAAAGCUGGCGCCGGUGCAAGUUCGUUCGCAGGAAGAAAUAAUGAACGAGUGCCAAAUGUGGUGGACAAUUACUGGAAACUUCGGGAACAUUCUACCCAUAGAUUGGACUAAGUCCUUCUCGCGAAAAAUGCACAUUCCCACCUUAAACCUAAGUGACAAAAAGAGUGGCUACACCACUUUCCAGAGCGCCAUGACGCCGGACGACGAAAUCCACAGCUCUGAGGACGAAGCCGUGGCCUCUGAUCUGGACAUGCACGCGCUUAUUCUGGGCGGCCUGCAUCAGGACCAUGAGUGUCCCGUUAAAACUGCUGAUGAGGUAAUACAAGAAAUAGAUGAUAUGAUGCAAGAAACACCAUCAUCUGAAGGAGACAUCAUCGAAUAUAACGAGGCUCUGGAGAAAGGGAAAGAAGUCCUGAGCUCGCCUCUGUAUGAAGAUAAACUACGCCAUCUAUCGCUCGCUCAACUUAACGAGAUAUUCAUGGAACUAGAGGUGCUGAUACGAGAGUUCUCCGAAACUCUGAUAGCGGAACUCGCACACCGGGACGAGCUGGAAUAUGAGAAAGAGUUGAAGAACACUUUCAUAUCACUCUUGCUGGCCGUACAGAACAAGAGGAGGCAGUAUCACAUAGAGAAGAAGAAGAGAUCCGGCCCUCAGCGCUCGCCUUCGCUUAGCGUUACUACUACGACCUCUGAACCUAAGUACUUGACCACAGUGAUACCGUUCCAUCUGGAUAACGGGCCGCCAGACAACCAGUCCCUUCAAGUUCUUAUCAAGAUUCUAAAAGCUAUAAACGAGGACAGCCCUACGGUACCAACCCUGCUCACAGAUUAUAUUCUUAAGGUCUUGUGCCCAACAUAGAUUUCAAUUUUGUUUAGCUAAU